UGUGCUUAUCAGAGCUAAAAACGAAAUAUCAUUUAAAAGCGGUUCUUCGAAAGAGAACUAUUGCAAUCUCUCAACAUAAUCGCACUAAACCGUCGUAUGUUUGGCAAUCAUUUAUUUUCAGAAACAAAAUAACGAGAUAAUAUAAUAAGGAAAGUAUCCAGUAAACAAACUUACUAGUAAGGGCGAGUUUUUUUUCGAUGACAAAUAGAAAUAUUUACGACGGCAUUUUCACAAACUGGGAAAAUCGUCAUAUUGUGGAAAAUGAAAGUUCAAAUCGUUUAGAAAACUCACUUUUAGGGCAUGGAUGCCAUAAUGAAGUCAUUUCUUCUGUUUGCUUGGACAGCAGCGAUGAUAACGAAGAAACGAAUAAUCCACCAAAUUUUGAAAAGACUAAAAAGCAUUUCCAUAUAUUAUCAAAACAGCGUACAUCUACUAAUCAGAAUGCAAUAAAUAGUGAUGGGACCUAUAGUAAUCUGCGUCUUGCAUCUCAACAGACAUCUCUUAACUUAUCGCUACCUGAUAAUGCAAUGGACGACUCUGAGCUUACCGAGCCCACAGCUUUAAUAUUAAACUACAGCAAGCAUAAGUUUCUGCGUCCUUAUUUAAUAAUUUUGUAUAUAGUUGGGCUUAGUCCAAUAUCAACAGAUUUAAGCCAAUGCCGGCGGGUUCUAAGCCACUUACAAACAUUAUUGAUCUUUCUUUUAUUAGUAUUUGGACAUUUUUUACAAUAUCUGUGUUCAUUUCGAAGUGAUCAAGGGUAUAAUAUAUAUAAAUUAACCAGCUUAUCAAAUAAAACUAAUACGUACACAACUGGUGAAAUUUGCUUUGGAUACAUAAUCCCGAAUGCAGUAUAUGUAAUAGGAUUUUUAUUGGCAGUCUUCGUUUGUAAAUUAGGCGACAAUGAACAUUUACAAAACUUAAUAGAACGGGUUUUUCUUAUGUCCAAGAAACCCAUACGCCUAUGUCGUAGAUUGUGGGCAUAUGUUAUAUCUGGAUUACUUCUACAAAGCCUUUUUAUUGGAUAUGUAAUCUAUUCAGUUCUUAAACAAGCUCAGCUCAACCCAAUUUCACAAAUAAAAUUGCUUCCAGAGCUCCAGAACAAUAUGCAACUUUUUGGAGAAAUCGGCGUACUUUUAAUACUAUUUCUGCAGCACCUCGUCGAAACAAUUAUUUUGACCAAUUACAUUUUACAAUGUCAAUUACUAAGCGUAUACCUAGAAACAAUUUCGCACAAUCUUUUAAUGCGUUCUAUUGAUCCGUUAGAUUGGAUGCGGUAUCAAAUGUUUCCUAUAUAA